AUGGGGAAGAUGGCGGCAGCCGUGGGCUCGGCGGCGACGCUGGCCGCAGAGCCGGGGGAGGACGCCUUCAGGAAACUCUUCCGUUUCUACCGGCAGAGCCGCCCCGGCACGGCGGACCUGGGAGGGGUCAUCGACUUCUCGGCCGCCCACACGGCCCGGGGUGCGGGCCCGGGGGCCCCCAAGGUGGUCAGGUCUCAGCUGAGUGUAUGCUCCGUCAGUGAGAGUGAUGCUCUCAGAGCUGGUCUUCAGCCAGUCAGCACGUGGCGCGCCUAUGGACUUGAAGGCUAUCCUGGCUUUAUUUUUAUCCCAAACCCCUUCCUCCCGGGUUACCAGUGGCACUGGGUGAAGCAAUGCCUUAAGUUCUAUCCCCAGAAACCCAACGUGUGCAACCUGGACAAGCACAUGGCGAGAGAAGAGAACCAGGACGUGUGGGAGCAGAGCAAAGCGCUUCUCAGGUGUAAGGAAGUGACUAAGCGGAGACCUCGAAGCUUGCUAGAGAAACUGCGCUGGGUGACCUUAGGUUACCAUUAUAACUGGGACAGUAAGAAAUACUCAGCAGAUCAUUAUACACCUUUCCCUUCUGACCUGGCUUUCCUCUCAGAGCAAGUGGCCGCUGCCUGUGGGUUUCAGGGCUUCCAGGCUGAGGCCGGCAUCCUGAACUACUACCGUUUAGACUCCACCCUGGGCAUCCACGUGGACAGGUCGGAGCUCGACCUCUCCAAACCCCUCCUGUCGUUCAGCUUUGGACAGUCUGCCAUCUUUCUCCUGGGUGGCCUCAGAAGAGAUGAAGCCCCUACAGCCAUGUUUAUGCACAGCGGUGACAUCAUGGUGAUGUCUGGUUCCAGCCGCCUGCUCAACCACGCAGUCCCUCGGGUUCUUCCCAGUGCUCAGGAGGGCAACCUGCCUCUCUGCCUGGGGACCCCGCUCCCCGCUGCCCUCCCGAGAGACACAGUGGUCGAGCCCUGUUCUGUGGAGGACCAGCAGCUGUGUGCCAGCUACCUGAAAACGGCGCGGGUUAACAUGACGGUCCGACAGGUAGUGGCCACAGACCAGGACUUCCCUGUGGAAGCCGCAGAGGAGAGCGAGCGAGACAUCACCAAGGAAGGGAUCUGCCAUCUGGAAGACAAAAUCACGCACGGGAAACGGGUCCGGCUGGACCCUGACAGCUGAGGCUCAGAGACACCGCUGUGUUAUUCUGCCGAUCUUACGUCAACACCUGUCUGUUUUAUGUAGCACUGGACUUUAGCACCGAGACAAGCCAAAAGCAGAUGGAAACCUCAUCAUUGACCACACUAUUGCCUUGUGACUCAUUCUGCAGAUAAGAGAUUAACUGCUUUGCCCAAAGUGGUCCCCAUGGUCUGGUGUAGUUUAGUAUUGGCUCUUAAUGAGUGUGGAAAAGUCCAGGGAGGUAUAAGCUUCCAUGGUCUCAGUCCCUGCCCUGCCUCUGAGAGGGAGGGGUGGGUGUCUGUGGCAUCCAAGUACCUCAGAUUUACCCAGCUGGGAAUGGGAACCUAGACUCACUCCCUCCUUUGCAUCUGGCGGCUUGUGGUUCUAUGAACCCGCCAGUACUCUCGAAUUCUUAACUCCUCAAGACAUCCCCUGAUCUUCUUUCAGUCUCUUCUGACCCUGGUGAAAGAAGCCUCUAUCUAUAUAGUCAGACCAUGAACCGGAAAAACCCCUCCCCUAGAAAAGAAGUUAAUCACAUCUGUUUUUCCCACCUGAGAGGUGGUAACUGAUUGAUCCAAGCACGGGGAACAGCGGCUUCUCCCAUGUCUUUGAGGUCUCCGAGCUCUCCCCGUUGGCUCUUUAAGGCAAUUGUAAUUGUUGUGCUGAAAAAGCUACAAAAGUAUUCUGUCACCUGUUUCUCCAUGAGUAAACACAGGAGUUUUAAAUUAAAAAUCUCUCUCUCUUUGUGGGUAAGUGUAUCAGGGAUAGAAGGAGCUGUGGUGGCACAGUGG